GUGUCUGUGUGAAACAUUCCUGCUGCCUGCUCUGACAUGUGGGCGCGCGCUCUGUCAGUCCAGUUGUGCGCUCGCGCUGGAGGAGCCUUCACUUGGGAAGUUUGUGUGUUGUGUGAGUGAGUGUGUGUGUGUGUGUGUGUGUGUGUGUGUGUUGUGUGAGUGAACAGUGCUCACAGGGAGGACGCCACCCAGCCCCGCCGCUGGAUCUCAGGCUGGGAGUCUCUCUGAGGACGCGGGACGAAAGAACCCAAACUACUCUUCGACUUCUUCAGAACAAAAGUGGAUUUAGUUUUGUUAAAGCUUCACACACCCGGGAUGGUUAUUGCGCUUUUUACGCGGCUUUUACCUCACUGGGAUUAACGCUGCGCAAGAGAAAUGAAAGUGACGGUGUGUUUCGGGAGGACCCGGGUGGUCGUUCCGUGUGGAGAUGGGAAUUUAAGAGUGCAGGACCUGAUCGAACAGGCGGCCAUGAGGUACCGGAAGGCGAUUGCAAAGGACGUAAGUUACUGGGUUCAGGUGCACAGGUUGGAGCAUGAUGGAGGCAUUUUGGACCUGGACGACAUGCUGUGUGACGUGGUGGACGACAAAGAUAGGCUGGUUGCCGUCUAUGAAGAGCAGGAUCCUCACAAUGGAGGGGACGGUACGAGUGCCAGCUCAGGUACCCAGAGCCCCGAACCUUUCGCCAGCGAUAUGAGCUCAGCAUCGGCCUUUCAGCCCUACCAGGCCAACAGCGAGAUCGAGGUCACCCCGUCCGCUCUGCGAUCCAACAUGCCUCUCAGUGUCCGUCGCAGCAGUGAUCCCUCCCUAGCCGGCCUUCCUCUGGGUGAAGUCGCGGUCAUGCCGGAGGAACCGUCCAGAAAGAACCCGGCUCGCUGGUCCUCGACUGCCGGCUUCCAAAAGCACAGCCACAAGCCAAACACAAGCCCCACCACCGGCAGCCUGGAGAGAAAGGGUCGAGGAGCCCACGCCUACAGGAGUCUUCCUCGUGACGCGAGUGGCUGGUCCACUCAGUUCCAGAGAGAGAUGACCCGAUCUUCGCUGAGCGCCAACCAUCCAAUGGUUGACCGAUGGCUUGACAGACAGGAACAGGAGGAGGAGGAGGAAGAGGAGCGAAGGAGACACGAACGGAGGAUUGAACGGAUCGAGCCGGUGGGGAGGGCCGAUUCCUCGUUGGAACAUUCGCCUGUGUUCAGCCUUGAAGGCAUGCUCAAGCCGGUCGAGGUGUCCAAUGAAGGAGGGCCCCUGGGGAUCCACGUAGUGCCUUACAGUUCGCAGGAUGUAAGGACUCAGGGCUUGCUAGUGAAGCGUCUGGAGCGCGGGGGCAAAGCCGAGCAGGAGCGACUCUUCCAGGAGAACGACUGUAUCGUCAGAAUUAAUCAGGGAGACAUCCGACACCUGCGCUUUGAACAAGCGCAGAACAUUUUCAAGCAGGCGAUGCGCGGCCGGCUCAUCCUCUUCCACGUGGUCCCGGCCUCCAUGAAGAGGCAGUAUGAGCUGCUGGCCCAGAACGAGCUCAGCCCGCCUCAGUCCAACAGAGUCCGCUUCAGCACGGACUCCCAGCAGGUGGGGGACCGGUGCAGUAUGGCCGGGUCACGGACGUCCAGAUCUGGAGCACAACCAGGCCUAAACCACAACCAUCAGGGACCUCUAGCAGGAAGCACCCCAGAGCCGAGCCGGCGGUACACCACGUUCCCCCACACCAUGGUCACCAGGACCGCGUCUGCCCCCUCCCCCUCCCUGCAGCGCAGGGUGAGCACAAACCCGUCCAACAGCUCCUACCUGAAGAACAAAGGCCGCAGAUUCAACAUCGAGCUCAAGAAAGGUCCAGAAGGUCUUGGGUUCAGCAUCACAUCCAGAGACGUCCCCAUUGGUGGCAGUGCUCCAAUCUAUGUUAAAAACAUCCUUCCCCGAGGCGCCGCCAUCCAAGAUGGCCGAUUAAAAGCUGGAGAUCAGCUGCUUGAGGUUAGUGGAGUGGAUCUGAACGGUAGGAGCCAGGAAGAGGUUGUGGCCCUGCUCAGAGCAACACCCAUGGGUGGGACUGUGAAACUGUCGGUGGUUCGCCAAGAGGACGCCAUGCUGCCCCGAGAAGUGCAGCUGGAAGAAGACGACUUGGUGUUGACUCCUGAUGGUACACAGGAGUUCAUGACCUUUGAGAUCCCUCUGAAUGACUCGGGCUCAGCAGGCCUGGGGGUCAGCGUCAAGGGGAACCGUUCCAAGGAGAACCACGCUGACCUGGGCAUCUUUGUGAAAUCCAUUAUCAACGGAGGCGCUGCUAGCAAGGAUGGACGUCUACGAGUCAACGACCAACUCAUAGCAGUCAACGGGGAGUCGUUGCAUGGAAUGACCAACCAGGACGCCAUGGAAACACUGCGCAAAUCCAUGUCUGUAGAGGGCAACAAGCGAGGGAUGAUUCAGCUCAUCAUUGCCCGGCGGGUUUCUAAAAACAAUGAGGAAGCUCCUGGCAGCCCGCCGGUUUCAGAGCACUCAGCAAACUCUCUCCUGGACAACCACGAGCGCCGCAUCUCCAACUCGCUGUAUGAAACCAUCGAAGGCUUGGACAACGUCUCCACGCCGAGGACUAAUAUGAUGGGACGUGUUGGUAACUACCAGCUCUCUCCGACUGUGAACAUGCCUCAGGAUGACAUCGUGAUGAUCGAAGACGAUAGGCCGACCCUGCUUCCUGCUCACCUCUCCGACCAAUCGUCCUCCAGCUCCCACGAUGACAUGGGCUUUGCGGGGGAGAACCCAGUACCCUGGAUCCACGAGCUGCCCAGUCAGAACGAAUGCUCGCUCAGUCCAGACGCAGAAUCUGACGGAUCGUUCCAGAGGGAGGGCUUCGGACGCCAGAGCAUGUCAGAGAAACGCACCAAGCAGUACGAAAAUGCUGCUGAGCUGGAAAUCGUCAAGACACGCAAGUCCAAGAGCAUGGAUCUAGUAGCAGACCAGAUUAAUGGCAGCACAAGAACCAAUGGAGGUGCUGAAGCUCGAGGCAUCGGACCCUCGCUGGGCCUGAAAAAGUCCAGCUCCCUUGAGAGCCUCCAGACGGCCGUCACUGAGGCUACACACAACGGCGAGCUCAACGUACACAGGCCGCGUUCUCGGAUCGUCAGGGGCCGCGGCUGCAACGAGAGCUUCCGCGCUGCGAUCGACAAAUCGUACGAGAAACCUGGCGUCACUACGGGAGAAGAGGAAAUCAGCAUGGACACACUGGAUGAGGACACAGAGGGGAGUUCCAGAUCAGGCCGCGAAUCGAUGUCCACCAGUGGCGACCUCGUCGUCGGCCCAGGGCUGAACGGCAACCUCUCCAAAGAUGACAGACAGCGAGAUCGCGAACAAUCUGGGGGGAAGGAAAAGAAGAAACCUGAGAGAGAUAAAGACAGGGAGAAAGACAAGGACAAGAACAAAGCCAAGAAAGGCGUGCUGAAGGGCCUUGGCGACAUGUUCAGGUUCGGGAAGCACCGGAGGGACGAGCGUCCAGGAGACAGGAUAGAGAGGAAGGGCUCCAGUAAAUCUAAAGCUGAGGACAUGCAGGCGUCAGAGGAGGAGACCCUGCGGAUGAGGCUGGAACAAGAGAGGAUAGCGGCAAAGACUCGGGAGUUCCGGGAGAGGCAGGCAAAAGAAAGGGAAUACGCCGAGAUCCAAGACGUCGUCAGCCGCACUUUUAGCUCGGACGAGGAGCACACCUACGCGGGCAUCGGGUCCUUAGACUCAUCAGACAGUAACAGCCUCGAUCCUUACAGCCACCCGUACCACCUCCCUCAGAGUCCACAGAGUCCCCACCUUCCUGUGAGCGUCCAGGACAACGGCCCACCGCUGGAGGCUCUGUAUGCGCAGGUCAACAAGCCCCGCAACGGACGCCCUGCAGCUCCUGACAGCAGUCAGAUGGCUCCCAGUAACCAUGACCGGAUACAGCGGCUGAGGCACGAGUUCCAGCAGGCCCGGCAAGAGGACGACCUGGAGGACCAUCGACACACCUACAGCUUAGAGCAGUCCUGGGCGAGCAACGGGACGGAGACACAGAGCGGCCGCCAUUCGGUAACAGUGGAGACUCAGGCACAGAAGCAGCAGGAAGAGGACAGAGACGGUUUCCAACAAGCACAGAGACAGUACAGCUCUCUGCCACGGCAACCCGGUAAGAACCCCAGCACGGCGUCGCAGGACCCCUGGGACAAGGUGCACGCGCAAGGAGAGGGAUUCCAGCCAUCCAAGGAGAAUCCUCGCUACUCCGGUGGCCAGGGAUCGCGUAACGGCUACCUGGGAACGUCCAGCUUCAAUGCACGCGUCCUCUUAGAGACACAGGAGCUGCUGAGGCAGGAGCAGAGACGCAGAGAGCAGGAGGCCAACAAGGCCAGGCCCCUGCCGUCCCCUGCACAGGAAAACCUCGCCGGCAGCACCUACGACCACAACAGAGAACACAUUCAGGCCCCGGGCCCCGCCCUGGUGCAGGCCCCGCCUCAAACCAAGGGCCCCUACAGACAAGACGUCCCCCCAUCGCCUUCUCAGCUCGCCAAGCUCAGCAGGCUGCAGGGUUCAGAGAAAGGGAGGCUGUUCUACUCCUGAGACGGGGACAUGAAGCGGAAAGUCUAACUUUUGAGAGAUGAGGACGGAUUCUAAGGAGCGUUAACAGGAGGGGAACACAAAGACAGGGCAGUGAGCCUUCAUUUUUUAAAUAAAUGCUACAAUACAAAGAUUUUUAUGGGACUUGGAAACAUGUUAAUAUUUCAAAUAAGAUUUUUUAAUGAAUCCAACGAUUAUCCUUUUUUAGUUAUAUCACUAAGAUGUCUUUGAUUUCCUGAUCAUCUAACUAUUUGUAUAAGUGCCUGCUAGUCCAUUGAUUGUUAAACUUGUAUAACCCCCCCCCCCCCCAUCAUCAGUGAGCAGCUGUAUUACACUCAGUAUAGCAGACGUCCCAGCAGAAGGCCAGCUGAGCCAUCACUGCAGCAACCACAUCGAGCUGAAAACACAAGACACCACCAGAUAUGUUUUUUGGCUGCUCGUGGGACCGACGUUCUUUUUGUGAAUGUGCCAGUCUUGUGUGAAUGAGAGUUUUAUUUGUAUUUUUUUGUUGCUGUGCAUGGAGACUUUUUCUACAACUACAGUCCAAGUGUAGAGUUCAUGAGGGCAUGAAAUGUUAAAAAACAAGAUUCCCUGUUUUGACAUUACAGGAAGUCUGAAAACAUGCUUGCCACACCAGCUCCUGUGUUUCCCGGCUCUUGGUUGUAUUUUGUGUUUAUUCAUUUAAGCAAACGUCCUAAAUAUAAAGAACAACAUGCUCAUGUGUAAAUACGGUGAAGACAUUUUCCUGCAAAUACCAACAACUAAAAUGUUCAAAUUAAUAACCCCAACCCAUCCAAGAGACUGUCGCAUCCAAUGUCAUGUCCUAGCAUAUUUCUUCUUAAACAGACAAUUUUGAAAUGUCUGCAGCGAUGCCGCCUCACAGAAUCACACAGUUUGGCAUUGAAAAGUCUGCAUCUGGGACUUUUGCUCUCAAUCGUUUCGACAGUGAGACAGCACUGAGCCCUGUCGCUAUUAACAACAUGCACCACAAAGUAUGUGAGUCUGAGAGUGUGGAGAUUGGACCUAUAUGUUUAUGUGAGUGUGUUAUUUGUGUGCAUAUGUGUGUGAAAGUGUUGUUAGACAUUUAGAAACAGAGAGUGGAGGUUAAGCAGGUUGUGUAGUCAGAAAUUGGAGUUUGGGCCUGACCGAUCACACACCCCUUAGGAACCCUCUACAUCCCUUCAAUUUUGAGAAAUAUCCAUUUUUCUUUCAGAUACAAAGGUAUAACCACAACCCCCCCCCCCCCUCUUGCUUUCAAUAUGAUAAUCCUGAUUUUUCUUUUUCAUCCUCUGGUGGCUUAUUUAUCUCCUUCCCCGCCUUCAUGUGUCAUGUUGUGGAAAACAGCUUUAGAUCUUCAUUCCAACCCUGUGUUACCCAGCCAGGGAAUCCAGCAGUAUAAAUGGGGUCAGGUCUGGGUUAUUAAUUAAUGUUCCACAUUAAUAAUGAAUGGGGCCCCCUUUGGUGUGUUUAUAUGUUGUCAUGUGUAGUGAAGAAGAAGAACCAGCGACCUUGCAGGCGGGGCUCUGGCCUGGGCUUCACCAACAGUGAUUUGGCUGUAACCAAAGCCUGUUGGCCCCCUAGGUGUCUGAGUUGUUCCAAGCUGAAUAUUUCAUCAGGUUGGUCACACGGGAAACCACAUCGGCUCUGCAGUGGGCGACAGCCUGUCAAACAGCCUGAUACAAUGGAGCUGAUUUUGUUUCCUUUCAUGAUCAUGUCCUUUGGUAGGAAACCAGUCGGGAGCUUUUGCUGUCGUUCAGUCAACAAUUAUUGGUACAUUUUAGUGUGAAAGGCCAAGUGUGUGUGUUCUUCUAUUUCCAUUUGAGAACAAGAUUGAGACUUGCUUGUUAAGAUUUUUGCAAUUUGAGGCUGUGUUUUUGAAGACCAAGUUUAAGAUAAUUUUUUGGUAUAGUUUACCUUUAGAUCCAUUUCAGCCUUUAAGUGUAAAAUAAAAAAAAACAGAUUGAUCAAUGCUCCAAUCCAAGGUUUGUGAGAUAUCUGACAAUAGGUACAGUUUCAUUUGUAUCCCGGAAAUAUUCAACUCUUUCCUCCCCAUGUCUUUCAUUUUUGACACUUUGUUCAGGCCCCUGUUUUGGCGUCCGAUAAGCUAGCGUCUGUUUGGGCUCGAGGGGAAUUCUCCCCUUUUAUAACCUGCUAAGUUCUCACAUCAGCUCACUCUGGAAGGAGAAACUCUGGUGACAGUCAAGAGUGAAAAAUGUGUCUGUUUGCAUUCACACAUGCACAUUGAAGACUUCAGGAGUUUUGUGCCAGUUUGACCAAAGCUCAUGUCUGCCUUUAUUCCAUUAUUAAAGUCAUUAUUUAGAGCCUUUGCCUCUUUAUCUCAAAAAUCAGUUAAUGGAUUGUAUAAGGCUGUUUGGAGUGCGAGAAGGACACAUUGAUUUUUUUAUUGGGGUAGAGCUUCAAUGGUCCUCAAAAGUACAUAAAAAGAAAAGCGUCCUGACACACACACUUUGGUAUAAUAAAUACUGGACUUGUGUGUUUGUUCAACCGCCAAUGUUCCUUUGUAUGUGUGUGUGUUUGUGUGUAGGUGGACAUGUGUUUAAGAGUCUGUGAGCGCUGCCAGUGUCUGGAUGCUCCAAUAUGUCUAUGAAUAUGUCUUGGCAGCCACUUGGCGGCUGAGUGGGAGACAAGCAGAGGAGUAGGAGGGAGAGUAGAUGGGAGGCUUGACCUUGCAGAUGAUUCAGUCAAUGGAGUAAUCACAACUAUUCCUCGGAGUCUGCACUACAAACAGGAGGUUACCAACAAGGCAGCGCUAGCCCCUGCUGUCUCAUCUUCCUCUUCUCUUCAUCUAUCUCCUUCAUGUGCUGUCAGCCUCAGACAUUUUUUAAAGAAUACGUCUGGGUUGGGUUGGUUUGCCUGUAAGUGGCUGUGUGUGCAUGGCGGUGUUUUUGCUCUGAGAAAAGCAGCUGCUUCAACUGAUGGUUCCAUUAUUUUCUGAAUCUCAUCAUGAACUGGGGAGGGGUUCAAGUGCCUGCAAUAUGUAAUGAUUUUUCUCAUUAUAUGCAAAUUUGAUAAUAUCCCAUAAUGCACGUUUAUUAUUUGUGUUGUGUAAUUAAUGUUUGUGUGCUAUCCCUGUGACAAAGGGAUUCUUCCCAUAAAGCUAUUGUUUCGGGGAUGUGUUUUUUUUUUUAUCCUGGGAGAAAUGAGAAAUAUAUUGUUAUUGUUUCAUUUUGUGUUUAUGACCAUCCCUCAUUGUGUUUUAUUAUCCACAAUAUGGUACUAUGGUGGUGAAAAAAAAGACUAAUGUGUAAGCACAGUGCAAUUUCCCCUUUUUACGACGCUGUAUCAUUAAGUACUGACUCUGCCCUUCUCUGUACAUACAAUAUGAUUUUUCAGUGAAUAAAUUGAGAGUAAUCUCAAAUUCUUGUAACAAUA